GCCCGAGUGGACUCAACGUCGUAUAUUUACCUUGCUCUCCCUCCUUCCCGUACCUCCGAAAUGACCGAGUCUCUGCGUUUCCUUGGCUCUCUCACUGGCCACAAGGGUUGGGUCACCGCCAUCGCGACCUCGUCGGAGAACCCGGACAUGAUCGUCUCUGCAUCUCGGGAUAAGACAAUCAUCGUCUGGCAACUCACCCGGGAGCAAGACCAGUACGGUUACCCCAAGAAGAUCUUGACAGGUCACAACCACUUCGUCUCGGACAUCGUCGUCUCCUCCGACGGUCAGUUCGCCCUCUCCGCCUCCUGGGACCACACCCUCCGUCUAUGGGACCUCAACACCGGCUUGACCACCCGGAGAUUUGUUGGCCACACUGCCGAUGUUCUGUCCGUUUCUUUCUCAGCGGAUAACCGCCAAAUUGUCUCUGGCUCGCGCGACAAGACAAUCAAGCUGUGGAACACGCUGGGCGAGUGCAAGUUUGAUAUCAAGGAGGAGGGCCAUUCCGAGUGGGUUUCCUGCGUCCGCUUCUCCCCCAAUGCGAUGAACCCCGUCAUCGUAUCCUGCGGCUGGGACAAGGUUGUCAAGGUCUGGGAGCUCUCCAAGUGCAAGCUGAAGACAAACCACUACGGCCACACUGGUUAUAUCAACGCCGUGUCUGUCUCACCCGAUGGCUCCCUCGCUGCUUCCGGUGGCAAGGACGGCAUCACCAUGCUCUGGGACCUGAACGAUGGGAAGCACCUCUACUCGCUCGAAGCCGGCGACAUCGUCAACGCACUCGUCUUCUCCCCCAACCGUUACUGGCUGUGCGCUGCCACCGCUUCCUGUGUGAAGAUCUUCGAUUUGGAGAGCAAGUCCAUUGUGGACGAGCUCAAGCCCGAGUUUGUCCAGGUUGGCAAGAACAGCUGCGACCCGGAAUGUGUCUCCCUUGCCUGGUCUGCUGAUGGCCAAACCCUCUUCGGCGGCUUCACGGACAACGCCAUCCGCGCAUGGACCGUCGUUUCGUCAUGAGCUGGGAGUGGGUACGUGUGGGGGAUGGUUUGGUACUUUAUGGGUACUAGGUUGACGCAUGUAUACACAAAACUGGAUAUGCAAUGUAUGCUCUUCCAAUCUCUCACAUAGCAUCAGUCGAUUUCCGAAUUCUGCACCAAGUGUCGUUAAAUUGUUAUGAGAGCA